AUGGCUGAAAAGAUUCACGACAAAAGUCUCCCUAUGAGAGACAGAAUGGAAGCGCUUGUGCGCUUGAAGCAGAGGGAGAUCACUGAGGGUCUUGCUGCAUUGGACACUACAACUUUUCACACCGACACUUGGGUUAGAGGCAACAACGGUGGUGGAGGCGAAUCGAUGGUUUUACAAGAUGGAAAGACGUUUGAGAAGGGUGGAGUGAACAUUUCGAUCGUUCACGGCAAAUUGCCUCCUCAGGCCGUGCAGAGGAUGAAAGCUGACCAUGCUAACCUCAAGGGCGCUGCUGAUGGAUCGGUGGACUUCUUUGCUUGUGGAUUGUCCAUGGUUAUCCACCCACAUAACCCACAUGCUCCUACCACCCAUGCCAAUUACCGUUACUUUGAAACAACCGACCCAGAAACCGGCGAGGUAAUGACAUGGUGGUUUGGCGGUGGAUGCGAUUUGACUCCAUCUUACUUGUAUGACGAGGAUGCCAAACACUUCCACCAGUGUCACAAGGAUGCAUUGGACAAGUACGACACAGAAUUGUAUCCUAAAUGGAAGAAAUGGUGUGAUGAGUACUUCUACAUCAAGCACAGAAACGAAACUAGAGGUGUGGGAGGUAUUUUCUUUGACGAUUUUGAUGACAAGCCAGCCGAUGAGAUAAUGCACAUUAUCGAGUCUUGUUUCGAUGCUUUCUUACCAUCUUACAUUCCAUUGGUCGAGAAACGUAUGCAUCAGGAGUUCACGGAAGAGCAAAAGAAGUGGCAGCAGAUCCGUAGAGGACGUUAUGUGGAGUUCAACUUGGUCUUGGACCGUGGAACGCAAUUCGGCUUGCAGACGCCAGGACUGAGAGUCGAAAGUAUUUUGAUGUCGUUACCUGCAACGGCCAGCUGGGUGUAUGACCAUCACCCUGAAGAAGGCAGCGAGGAGGCCCGUUUGGUGAAGGUCUUGCAGAACCCUGUUGAGUGGUGCCUGUAA